AUGGCUAAAUUAUAUUCGCUUCAAGUAUUCGAAUUUUGUUACAAACCGAAUCCUGAAAGGAUUUCUAGAAAUUGUAAGAUAGGUUCAGAUUGCUAUGGUUCUUAUAAGUUUUAUGGAAUAAUUCCAGGUUAUGGUUCUGGUUCUUCCAGUUUCUCAGUUAAACAAAAGGGAAAAAUUAGACAGUUAUUUGAAAAAUUGGUAAAGAAAAAAUCCAUUGAUCUAAAAGGAUCGGGAGAAACUAAUGUUAAUGAUGACAUUAGCAAUAUCAAUGCGAUGAUAGUUCCAGACACUGCCAAUUUGUUAAGUGGUUGCCUCAAACACAAAGAGAAAUCUCCAGCUGCUCAUAAAGAGGGUAAAAUAAAUAUUAUAGAUAUGCUUAAGAUUUGUAUCAUAUUAGACAAACAAAAAUGGGUGAAACUUAAUAACAAUAAGAAAGAUACCUUUCCCGAUAUUAGCAUGGGGGGUGACGAUAAGAGCGGACAAUGCCAAUAUAGAUUAAAACCUUUGGAUUUCAAUGAAUUAGAUCUUAGUGCUAAUCGAGAAUCCAAAAUGAACAUAUGCGACUGGACAAAUUAUAAAGUUCUAAUAACACCGAAGCCCAAAUUGUCCGAAUUUAGAUGUCACGGUGUCGUAGGAAGUGGAGAAUUUGGGAUGGAAUUUAAAGUCAAGCUAAGGAAUUCCACCCAAGAAUAUGCUUUGAAGUUUCUCAACAGACGAUAUUUCAAUAGAUAUGAGAAUUUCGCUUCCGUCCGGUGUAUUCGAUCAGAAAUAAAUGUUCUUAAAACUAACAAGAACCAUCCUUUCCUGGUUGGACUUUAUGCAUUUUAUCAAACUCCGCGCAACUAUAUAAUAGUGAGGGACUUCACUUCUGGGGGUGAUCUUAGAUCCCUUUUAAAAAGAUACGGAAGACUCCUUGAAGAUCACGCUAUAUUUUAUUCUGCACAAAUCGUGAUUGCCAUAAAAUAUUUGCACGACAACGGAAUCAUUCAUCGUGACAUCAAACCGGAAAGUAUACUGUUAGACCGGAAAGGCUAUGUAAAACUAGGCAACUUUGUAUAUUGCAAGGAGGGCAUAGCAAAAGAUGAAAUGGUUAAAGGAUUCUGUGGGACAAUCCCUUACAUGGCGCCCGAGAUUAUGCGUAAUGAAUACUAUGAUUUUAACGUAGACUGGUACUCUUUCGGAGUUGUUCUCUAUGAACUACUAAUUGGCCCUGUCGAUUUACUAGGGUCUGAUGAAGCAACUUCUCGCUACUACCAGGCAAUACUUUCAGGUCCAUGGCGUGUUUCAGUCGAAGCCACCUCUAUAUUGAAUGGAUUCCUCAAUAUGAAUCCUGAGGAAAGACUAGGAAGCAAUCUAGAAAAUGGUUUUAAUGAUAUUUUCUCCCAUUCAUUUUUCGCCUCAAUUAAUUGGGAUAGGCUACAAAAAAAGGAAUUAUACCCACCUUACAAACCGAAGAGAAACAUGAAAUUUGGGGUUUUACGAUAUUUCUUCGAUGCAUUACUAUAUUUAGCAUACAUGAAAGACUUAAUGUGA